ACCUUGCUGAUAAGGGACCAUAAAACUCUAUGUGCAAGAGAGCACUUUUAGAUUAUAGAAGAUGGUGUUCCCACAUGUAUAUCUGGUCUUAGUUUUAACCAUAACUAGGACUUCCUUGUGUGUUUCAGAAGGUUGGUUUUUACAUGUCACGGACUUUCACUGGGACAACACAUACACAAAUCGGGAUCUUUCUUGUAAUGGCGUGGUGAAUACCCACGGUUUUUAUGGGGAUUACUGGUGCGACUCCCCCUUUUCCCUCAUUGACGUCACAAUAAAGGCCAUGAAGAAUGCUACAAUAGAUAAGAGUGUGGAUUUCAUGCUUUGGACUGGUGAUAGCAUUCUUCAUACUGGUGACGAACAUCUAAGCAUUGACAAUAAUAUUGAAAUGCUUACAAAUCUGACAAACAAUUUAAAGCAAACUUUUCCCACGAUGGACGUUUAUGCUACUUACGGGAAUCAUGACUAUUUCCCGAAUGGACAGUACCCUCCUCAUAACAAUGAGAUCUAUAACAGAACAUUGGAGCACUGGAGGAGCUGGAUAAACGAUAGCAAACAGGAAGACACUUUUUUAAAAGGAGCUUACUACACCUUAAAGACAAAGUAUGGAAUAAGAAUCCUGGCAUUAAAUACUAACUUGUAUUAUACGUCAGACAAAGUUACAGCUCACAUGGAUGACCCCGCCGAUCAAUUUGUUUGGAUGGAAAAUAUAUUAGAGAAAUCCAGACAAAAUAGUGAAAAGGUGCUUAUAACCGGACAUGUUCCACCAGGGGUCGCUCCAGAAGGCGGGAAACCUUGGUUUUAUAAACACUUCAAUACUCGCAUGGUGCAUAUCCUACAACAAUACAGUGACAUCAUAAUAGGACUACAUUUCGGACAUGAACACGCGGAUACAUUCAGAUUGUUUUAUGAUCAUUCUGGUCAACCUACGAUGACAAUGUACAUUGCGCCUUCAGUUACUCCCUGGAGAUAUAAAAAUUCCGUGGCAACUGGACCAAAACAUAAUCCAUCCUUUCGAAUGGUCAAGUAUGACAGAGUAUCCGGUAGACAUUUAGACUUGGUUCAAUAUUACAUGGAUCUACCAGAAAGUAAUAGACAGAAUAAACCUGUUUGGAAAAUUGCCUACACUGCAACUCGAGACAUGGGAAUUUCCGAUAUAUCUCCGAAAUCCAUGGAUGACUUUGCUACUCGGACGAGAAAUCCAAACAGCCAAGAGUUCCAGAAUCAAUUGACUUGGCGAAAUGCCAAAGCGGAAGUGAUGCCUUGUGAUGCUUUAUGUCAUUCUUUGAUCUUUUGUAAUUUCAAGAAACUUCAUGACCAUGAGUUCAAACUUUGUCUACGAGAUACUCAACAAUAUACAGCGACUUUACCAUUUGGGAGAAGAAAGUAGUAUUUUACUUAUUAAUGGGGAUGAAAGUA